AUGGCGCAAGCGUUUGAUCCUCUGGGAGGAGGAGGAGGACCGAAGAAGAAAAAGACGACGGUGAAAGAAAGCGCACAAAUAUCAGAGAUUACCGAAAACGAUGACGAGAGUAACGACCCGUUCUCCCCGGCGAACAUAGGAGGAGGAUCAGGAGGAUUUACGUGGAAACACGACACGAGAAUGUGCAUCUACGCGCCGUACAUCGACGAGAACAAAACGGUGAAACAAGGGAGAAAGUUGAAGAAAGAGUUGUGUUGCGAUCGACCGUAUCCGUUCGAGAUUAAAGAAGCCAUAGAGAAAGGAAUGAACUUACCGUGCGACUUGGAAGAUAAGUGUUAUUCGAGAGAUUUCUGGGAGCGAGGACGGGUGAGAGUGGAGUAUAAAAACGAAGACGGGACGCCGAAGAAUCCAGAGUUUCCCACGAGACGAUCGAUAUUAAUCGAGUGCGCGAGGUUAGUACCGAUGCACUGGGGGAGAACGGACGGGUCGUCCGCGAAGUUAAUGAGAAGUCCAGAGGAUAUUUUCGACGUGUACCUUGCAGAUUUAGCCAAGCAAGGUGGUGCACCAGGAACGGGAAAAUCGGCGAAAGGUGGAGCGCUCGGCGACGGCGGCGAGAAAGCGGACAAGUCGAAGAAUAAGGUCUCCUCGAAAGGCAAGAAAGGCAAGAAAGGGAGGAAAUAA